AUGUCUAGCCAGGUUACUCCAGAAGUCCUAUGGGCGCAGCGCUCAUCCGCUACGGAGCCAGAAAAGAACUACAUCUACCUAACAAUCAGCGUGCCUGAUGUCCCCCCCAAAUCUCUCAAACUCGAUCUUAAGCCCACCGGGCUCACCUUCACUGGCACGUCAGAGAGCAAGAAGACCACAUACCACCUUGAAAUGGAGUUUUUCUCCGAGAUUGACGUGGAGAACUCCAAGACGCAUCACACUGGUGCCAACAUCCAGAUGAUUCUUAGGAAGAAGGAACUCAAGGAGGAGUAUUGGCCACGCCUGCUCAAGGACCCCGCAAAAGUACACUAUCUGCGCACAGACUUUGACAAGUGGGUCGAUGAGGACGAACAGAACGAAGCACCCGAGGAUGACUACAUGAACCAGUUUGGUGGAGGUCUCGGAGAAGACGGUGGCUUUGGUGGUAUUGACUUCUCCAAACUCGGCGGGGGCGCUGGCUUGGGAGCAGAAGGAGCAGGUGCUGAGGGUGGCGACGACAACGAAGAGGAGGAUGAUGAUGACGACGAGAUGCCCGAUCUCGAAGAUGAUGAGGCCGAAGGUGACGCUAAAGGCAAGGGCAAGGGCAAGGAGGCGGCAUGA